UACGCCGCUAGAGCCUAACAGUGGGACAUUUCCGCCCGGCUGGCGGUCACGUGCCUGCUUCCUGCUGGCUUUCGUGCUCAGCCAAGGGGGCUCACUGGGUGACUACGGGGUCCCGAUUCCAUUGCUUGCCUUUACUCUGAAAGGUGACAUGCAGACUCCGGAGCCUGAAGAGGAGGAGGAAGAGGAUCGCACUCCGCUCCUGUUGCGAGACUCACAGCCCAUCGGCAAGGCGGCACUGUGGUGCUCUGCUCGCCUCAGCUUAGCAAUAUGGGCUUUCUUUGGAUUCUUUCUCUUAUAUGCACUCCGUGUGAAUUUAAGUGUUGCCCUAGUGGACAUGGUAGAAUCAAACGCAAGCUUGACCAAAAAUACAACUUCCAAAGUAUGCCCGGAACAUUCUUCCUCCCCAGUAACUCCUCAUAACACUACGGGGAAAAAGUAUGCUUGGGAUGCAGAUACCCAAGGCUGGAUCCUUGGUUCCUUCUUUUACGGCUACAUCAUUACACAGAUUCCUGGUGGAUAUCUUGCACGUCAAGUAGGGGGAAAGCUGCUGUUGGGGUUUGGCAUCCUGGGCACUGCAGUUUUCACCUUGUUUACACCUUUAGCUGCAGAUCUGGGAGUUGGAUACCUCAUAGGAGUUCGAGCUUUGGAGGGCCUGGGUGAGGGAGUCACCUUUCCUGCCAUGCAUGCCAUGUGGUCCUUGUGGGCUCCUCCAUUGGAACGCAGCAAACUUCUUAGUAUUUCAUAUGCAGGUGCGCAGCUAGGAACUGUUGUGUCACUUCCAUUGUCUGGUUUGAUCUGUUUUUAUAUGGACUGGAUUUAUGUAUUCUACAUAUUUGGUGCCCUGGGUGUGCUAUGGUUCCUCUUCUGGAUUUGCAUGGUUAGUGAUAAGCCCGAAACUCACAAGAGAAUUUCCCAUGCAGAAAAAGAAUAUAUUCUCUCUUCCCUUACAGAUCAGCUUUCUAACCAGAAAUCUGUGCCUUGGGAAGCCAUGGUGACAUCCCUUCCACUUUGGGCUAUUGUUGUAGCACAUUUUUCUUAUAACUGGACUUUCUACACCCUUCUUACCUUGUUGCCUACUUACAUGAAGGAGAUUUUGAGAUUUGAUGUGCAGGAGAAUGGAUUUUUAUCUGCACUGCCUUAUUUUGGGUGCUGGGUUUGUAUAAUUCUGUCUGGUCAAAUUGCUGAUUAUUUACGGGAACAGCAAAACAUGUCUACUGUAUGUGUGCGAAGAACCUUUACUUUAAUAGGGAUGAUUGGACCUGCAAUAUUCCUUGUAGCAGCUGGAUACAUAGGUUGCAAUUAUAAACUAGCUGUUGCAUUUGUAACCAUAUCGACAACCCUGGGGGGGUUUUCCACAUCUGGUUACAGCAUCAACCACUUGGAUAUUGCACCAUCCUAUGCUGGCAUCCUCCUUGGAAUUACAAAUUCAUUUGCUACCAUCCCAGGAAUGGUGGGACCACUUGUUGCUACAAGUCUAACUCAUAAUAAUACUGUGGGAGAGUGGCAGAUUGUGUUCUAUAUUGCUGCUGGCAUUAACUUAUUUGGAGCCAUUUUCUUUGCAUUAUUCAGCAGUGGAGAAGUGCAAGACUGGGCAGUCAAUGGCUACCACUUGCACGGGAACUGAAGGAACACUGUGUUUCAUGACUAAGCAUUAUGAUCAUGUGACUUGGAAUGCCUUUCACAUGACACCUACAAAACCUACUGUAACCCUUUCCUGUUGUGAUUAGAAGUCAUUUCGCAUUUUAAUCUGCUGGGAAGAAGUUGGAGUCUAAUGCAGUAUCCUUAUACUUCCUCUUGGUGUCAAGUAUCCCCGAGAACCUGACAUGUUUUAAUCAAUUUAUCAACUUUUUAAAAUGUUAUGUUCAAAUUAAAGCAUUGAAAAGGAAGCCUUAUUGUUGAAAUGAGAAUAAGUAAUAAUUGAGGUUGUGUAGAGAAAGACUUCUCAUAUCAAGAGAGGCCAAAAGAGGCUAACAAAGCACUCAUGCAGCAAUGCUGCGCACGCACACUCCAAGGCAGGGGUGAUUUUUGUCAAUCUCCCCUUCCCUGUGAACUAAACUAUGAUUAUUAUUUUUAGUAGUGUCCCUGAGAACUGUACAGGCCUCAAGGACUUAUUUUCAAGAAUUAACAGUCAACUUCAGCAGGAAGGGCCAGUUGAUUAAAAUCACCCCUCUCCUGAAGUGCAUUGCACAUGCACCACACCAGUGCUUUGUUCACCUGGAGGUCAGUCAGAGGGUUUAUUUAUGUAUGUUAUUAAUGUUGUCCUAAGGUUUGUUAGAAUUAUUGCUAUUUUCAGCAAUGAUUUUUAGGUGUAUUUGAUUUUUCUCAUUUGAUUCUUUUAGAUGUAUUCUUAGAUGUAUUUGAUUUUUCUCGUCCUAUUAAUCAAAAAGAAAAAAGGCAGUGGAAAUAAAAAGGAGGGGUGGGUUCUAUUGUGUGUUCUCUUAUACUUUGUCAGGGUAGAUCCACUAUACAUGCUCAAUAUCAAAGCAGCUGCAGAAGCAUUCUACAGUCAGUAAGCAGCAGAUGGCAAAACCUAUUUAAUUUUAAUUGGCUGCUAGUUAACUUUCAAUUUUAUUAACUCAUUAGAAAUCUAAGUGUAUGUCUGCCCAAGGUUUCUUCGGGGACUGGUUGUAUUCAUGCAGUGCAUCAGAAUCCCGCAGCCUUCAGCCAAUGUUUGUUAUUUACCUACUCACGUUGCAGAUAAGUAUGCUGCUACAUACCUUGAUAUCUGAUAAAAUAUUAGCAUGAGGUGGUUCUGUGUCAUACUGCAUCAUUUUUUCAGUGGGCUUUCCACAAAUACCAUCUGGGGUGCAUCAUACUGGAAGAAGAAGAAAAUUCCAUUCACAUAUCUCCAAAGUGAUAUAAGAAAGCAAACACCUUUCCGUUUUAGGAAUAGUCUUCGAUACUACUUGUCCCUAGUCAGAAAAAUGUUAGACCCCAAUUACAUGACUGAAUCUUCAAACUUCCAUAGCAAUGAAAGUGUGCAGUGGUGUGGUAUAAGUCUAUUUAGGAGCAUAUUGGGAGACUGAACAUUCCGCACCAUGCAGGAACAACAUGGUGGCUUAUAAGGCUGAGACUUUAGCCACAUUCAGACAUUUUCUUCCUCAAACCACUCAUGGUUACAGCUCCAAAAUGAGCAGGAAGUCCCACCCUGGAGCUGUCACUCAUCCCCUCUCUCCAGUCACUUACAGUUGUCUGCAGAAAGCCCCGUUGUAACCAUGAGGGAAGACACGUCCAUGAUCAGUAGCCUGCAUCUCCCUGGGCUGUCACUCAUGGAAGCACCUUCCCGAAUGGUUAUGUCAGAUCUCUCUGCAGAUAACCACUGCUAUAACCAUGAGGGACUAGAGGGAGUGACCGCUCCAUGGCAGGACUUCAUACCUGCUCUUGGAGCUGUUACCCUGCGUGGUUUUGGGAGGAAAACGUCUGAAUUGAGCUUUUGAGUGCUCUUAUUUACAGUCAUGCCAGGUACAGCAGGUAAAGGUCCCCUUGUGAAGCAAUCCUGCUAUAAAGCAAGAGUAAGUGGAGGACACCUGUCACUGGGUAGUGUUCCUUUCACCCAUCAAAAGGGAAAACUGAUACACCUGCCACAUGCUACUCCAGUGGAGCCUGACUGACUUCAUUUCUAAGAAAUGGCAGUUACCUCUCUUUACCAGCCUUCAAUGCAUUUCCAUUUCCAUUGAAGUGUUCCCCUAGCAACAGCUUGUUAGUCACGUUGUAUUUGCAACUUGUAGUGUAAUAAACAGUGCUGGCAUGUU